CCUGUAGAUGUGAGUUGCAUUGUCUACAAUGAGGAAUUUAUGGAGUGCAGAUGGAACCACAUUGACGAGGAAGCCAACUACACCCUGUUUUACUGGUAUCUUUCAAAACCACAGAAGGAAUGUGGGAACUACAUCCAAGAAAAUGGCUAUAAUGUUGGUUGCUAUUUCUCAAAAGACGAAAUUAUCGAAUUUGAGAACUUUAAUGUUUACAGAAAUGGAUCCAGUAACUCAGGAAAAGUGUUGGCCUUAACUAAAACAUUCCAGCUACAGAACCAAGUGAAACUCAACCCUCCUGGAAACCUGAUGCUGAAUAUGUCAGAAAACAACGAGCUCUUUUUGACCUGGGACCCACCAGCAAAGCUACUGAAAUGUCGAAUGUAUGAAAUCCGGCACUGCAGUAAUAAAGAUAAAGAUUGGCAGGUGCAAGUCAUCAAUGCGCAAACAAAGUAUAUUUUGCCAAGUGUGGAUCCAAAGAAAUUCUACACCUUUCAAGUGCGAAGUAAGAUUAACCAGUAUUGUGCCAGCGCUAAGCUGUGGAGUGAGUGGAGCCCAGCUAUUCAGUGGAGAAAAGAUCACACCCAGUCAGCGAAAUCACGUGGAAAAUAUUUUCUGUUGGUCUUUUUGAUAGCUUUGGGCUUGUUGAUAAUUGUGUUGAGUCUGCUGAAAUUUAAAAGAAAAUAUCGUCCCUCUGAUAAUCAAUGGAAACCUUUAAAGGGAUUCUAUGAAAGAAAAUUGUCAAAAGUGAGCACUUCCCAUACAGCAAAUAGCUUCGCUCUGUUUCUAAAGGAAAAUAAAUGAAUUCUUUUAUUAAGGUGGAGCAACAUUACGUCUCAUCAGUUUCUAUUGUAGAGGAAUAUUGUUUUGAUUGAAGAACAGCAGUAACUGGAAAGGAAGUCGGCAUCAUUCUCAAAACAAUGAUAUUGUUCAUCUCACCAAUCACAGUCACACACUGAUUAUAAUUUACUGUGUAUUUUUAGCACUGCUUGUGAAGAGUGCCAUUACCAAGGCCCAGCAGUAUAAAAUAUAACUUAGAUAAAUGAAUAGAUUAUUGUCUAAUUAAAACUAGAGUGAUUUUACCCAAAUCAAACAGCUAAUUUAAAUUUCAAAAGCCUUGUCCUCUACAAGCUAGCUUGCACAAUAGUAUCAUGUGUCAUAAAUGAUGUUCACAAAUAGUUUAUUUUAUAACAAUAGUAAGAAUGUAAUUAAAGAUAGAUGUUUUAAUAUACCUAAUCAGCUAAUAAAAAAACCAAUACCCA